AUGCCUGCGCGCGAAAAGUUUGUCAAGCAGGGCUUGGUCGCCGAACACACCCAUAGCCCAAUGAUCACGGUCGUCAUUAGAAAGGACAAGCCACGAUCUUACUACGGCGCCUACUACAGCGCUAGUAUUAUCACCGAAGCCGCUGAAACAGAAAACGCCAGCAAUGUAUUCUACAUCAACCGCGACUUUCUGAUCGAAAACUCGCGCUACUUCGCCAUUGUUCUUGACACCACAAACACUAGUGUAACCAACCCACCCCGCACAAUUGUCUACCCGCCCCAAACCGACGUUGAAAUGUUUGCCCUCUGGCUCGAUUCGGUCCUGCGCGGCGAGGCAGACAAGACUGUAUUCAGCAUCGACAACCCAGACCAUCUGUACAAAUGCUUCGAGUUCGCCGACUCCCUGGGCUCAUACCAGUUCCGGAACCAAGUCAUGGACGCGAUUCAGCCAUAUGGUCCGGACAAGAUCGACUUGAAGUACUAUGUCAGUCUGCUGGAGAAGUAUGGCAAGACCAAAAGUAUGCACCUGUUCAAGGAGUAUGCGCUUGAGUGUCUGGGUUAUAGGAUCACGCGCCGUGGUUGGGCGGAUGUGGUGCCAAAGGACGCUGGUGCUGGUGCUGGUGCUGCUGGUGCUGCUGGUGCUGCUGGUGCGAAUGACGCCGUUUCAAUUGCAUUCGUAGGUGCUGGAGCAGAUGGAUGGACAGGCCCAGGUCCCGCACCCACAGUACCCACGUCGAUCCACCCUAGCCUUCUCAGCGUGAUUUUUGCAAAAAUCGAAGAGAUCACUCGCAAGGAGAAAGAAAAUCGGCUGGACGAUCUGCGUGGAAGAUCGUAUUUCCCGCCAGACGAGAGGAAGGAUUGCACUUGGCAUGAACAUACGGACAAGGAUCGCGUCAAGUGUCCUGGAUACUGGGCCCAGAAGCACAAGAUCGGACCCCGGAGUUAG